CCCCACAGCUCUCCGGACAACGCAGAUCGCAUUGUGCCUACCCUAAAGGAUCAAUCGCCGCUGAGUGCCCCUGGAACACCGCAACCCAUUUUUUCCGCGCCAGAUCUUAUCAAGCCCGCUGGCCCAAUGAUUCCAGCUCACCAUUCACAGCCAUCGAUCACUGCAACGGGGACAGGAGCAACUCCCUCUGGAAGCUCAAAUCGGGCUCCCCACUCGGUCAUCCAAUCGCCCCGAUUCGAACACGCCAAGCUGAAAAGCCUCGACGAACGAGAUCUCGGAUCCGAGGGCAGCACCACCGAGGACUACGCCACCUGUACGGACAACUCGAAGCGCACCGGACCACCUUCGUCGUCCGCCCACGCCGGCCCAGCCGGAGCCAAAGCAAACGCAACUCAGGAAGGAUCUUCGUUCGAGAGUGCCUCUUCGCUGUAUUCCUUGGCCCGGGUUGACGCUAUCAGUGAAGACACACCACCGGUGGAGGAAAUUCCUCAAUCACCCCCUCACAUUCCCGUUCUUCCCAAAGCCUCUCCGGCACAUUCGGUAAGCAGCAGCAGCAGUGAAAGCUACGCGAUGGCAACGAAGAAAAGUUCUCCUCCUCGAACGACAGUGCUGCCAAAAGCGAUGGGUGGAAAGAUCAAGAUCAAACCCGAAUCCAUAUCUGAUGACGAACGCAGCGAAAAGCGAUACUCGUCAUCUCACGACGAAAAAGACUUGGGCAAGGGAACUUUAACGAGAGGUGCUCGGAGGGGUCGCGAUUGGAAUGAGGAAGAGCGUCGAAGGAAAAAGAGCACCUUCAAGCUUGAGUUUGACAAAGAUUCCCUAAGAACUUACACGACUCCGAUGCUGAGACAGCCGAGCCCUGGCUUCAAGAAGCUAUCCCCCGAGGACAAAAGUGCACUAAACGUAUUGGAUGGAGCGAGCCCUAGCGGUAAGCAGAAACGGUUCCGGCCUAAGACUAGAAAGUCACCUCGAGCACGAACGGCAACCGGUGGAGAGGAAACGACGAUCGCUGCGAGUACACCGAUGCGACGGGCCAAGACUCCCUUGAUACGGAGUCCGGAAAAACCUCCGAGUUCAACGCUGCCGGCGCAUGUGACCGUGCCAAAAUUGAGUCCAGCUCAGUAUUACUCACAAAUUAAAAGUCCACCUUCGGGAAGCUCGCCCCGGAAACAGAAGAUGCCCCCUACGGAACAACGAUUGAAAGCAAUUUCCACCGAGUCGCUGCGGUCCGUAUCUCCCGGGUCCGAUUCGGUGUUCUACAGCGAGGCGGACGGAUUGUCCCAAUCCGAUCAACAGGUCCACUGCCACCAUUGCGGCAAGGAGGUCGAAUCCGGGACGGGAACCGGAACUGGAGCCGCCGGCGAGUCGGAAGAAUCGAUGACCACCGCCCUAACGCUCGACUCGACCGACGGCGAUCGACCGGAUAUCGUACAGCCCCCGGAAGGCUUUGCCGAUUCACCCGACUGCACCAAAACCGUCCACACCCGGCUGUACAAGAAGAUGGACAAGCGAUUUCGCUCCGAAGACCGGCACGCCGAUCGAUCGCGUCACUUCAAAUCGCGCCAGGAGUACCGAGCGAAGAGCGAAGAGCGAGGUCGGGAUGAGACGGAGCCGAACAAUCUGCGACCCGCAGGAUCUUCACCUUGUGUCGCGCCUGUAGCUCCGUACACGGAGCAUCAAGCGGAACCGGAGCAAGGAAUCUACCAUGGGAACUACAAGGCAGGAUUGUGGAUCUGCAUUGCCGAUCGAGACGUUUGGCGUAGGUACGAUUUGAGUGGAGAUGGAUCAUUUGAUCGGGCUCCACGAGAUGUAGCCGAUCGUAGGGGAUCUACAGAUUCGGAAAAAGAUUUUCGCAAGAAGUAUCAAGCGAUCACGCAUCGUUUGGUUCAUCGGAGAUCGUGUGUCGAGAUGUAUCGACGACAAAGUACGAAUAGCUUCGAAACGGACAAAACGGUAAUGGUUUGUCGUAAAUCGGGUGAGUUCGGCUUUCGGAUACAUGGUUCCAAACCGGUGGUGGUAUCUGCUAUUGAACCCGAAACACCUGCUGAAACUUCGGGUCUUGAGGUCGGUGAUAUCGUUCUUUCGGUAAACGGCAUUCCGGUGAUCGACAAAAGCCACUCUGAGGUGGUGAAGAUCGCUCAUGCUGGUAGCGAUACUUUGGAACUUGAGGUGGCGCGCACAAUUGGAGUUCUAUCACCCUUAGAUGACACCACAUCGAAUCCCUCGCUUUACUCAGGAUUUUUGUGGAGGAAUUCCACCACAAAUCCUGGAAAAUGGAUCAGAAGGUGGUUCUUACUUAGGCCGGAUCACUGCCUGUAUUAUUACAAGUCUGAGUUGGACAACCAACCAAUCGGUGCCAUCAUGUUGACCAACCACAAGGUCGAUCGUCUCACCAUCGAAGCUUCCGGGAAGGCCUUUUCGUUCGCCGUGGACACCGAAGAGGGUACCAAGGUUCAGCUGGCCGGAGAUACUGAUGAAGCAGCCAGCCGCUGGAUAGCUAUCAUAAGCCAUGCUGCUCAGCAGAGUGAUCCCUGGCUGGAAAAUAGUGCCCGAAACCUUCGACUUUCGGUAAGCGGAAUUCAUAAGCCGGACUGUGCCGGACCCCUCACGAAGUUGGGCAGCAAAUGGCGAUCCUGGACCAAGCGCUACUGCGUGCUGAAGGAUGCCGUCCUCUAUUUCUAUCACGAUGCGGGCAGCAAAAAUGCGUUCGGGAUGGCCUGCCUGCAGGGCUACCGGGUGCAACCGUCGUCUGCCGGUGGCAAGAAGUAUGCCUUCGAGAUCGUUCCUCCGGAGCUGACCCUGAGGCACUACUACUUCCACACCGACACCGAGAUGGACAAGAAGCGCUGGGUCGCCGCCCUCGAAUAUUCGAUAGACCGCUGGAUGAAGGCCGGCUGAAAUACGUUGAAAAGAUACGAGCAACUCGUAUAGUACACAUUCAGGCGUUUUCGGCCAGCCGUCGUCGUUUUCAUCGUCACAGCAGCUCACCCAGUGCGAUUUUUUUACUUUCUUCUGUGUUUUUCGUCCGGCAGCAGCAGCAGAAGCAGUACACUGAAAAAAGUGCGGUGGUUUGUUUUUGGUUUCAUAUUUUCAAAGAAUUAGUUUUUGGAAAAAAAUUGACAAAAAAAACUAGGUAAACGCAAUGCGGGAGCACAGAGGAAAAGUACGAGAUUUAAUAAAGAAAAAAAAAAUCAAUGCAUUAGUAUUACAAUUAGAUAAGAUUCGAUGUCCAAUUAGAGCCAGGUUAAAUGGAUGGGAAGCUUAAGUAGGAUUUUGGACGUCAUUUGUCAACUUAGAGGUCGGUGUGCUAUUCGAAAAUAUGACACAAAAAUAAGCUAAUUGGUAAGAUGCUCAAAAUCCAGUUGUGAUUCAAAUGUGUUUAGUGUGUAAAACCUAGGAAAAUAUAGGAAUAAAACUUUUGACGGAUAAAAAACAUCAACGAACUGAGAAUUUGCGAUUGGUAAGAUGAGAAUAAGUCGAAUCUUAAGCGCACAUUUUAAGAGAGAAACAAAAAUAAACUACCGAUUAGACCUUACAGAAGAGUAUGUGUUAAUAUAGACAAGAAAAUAUCAGUGUAAUGUAUUCUAAAAACCAAAUAUUAAGAAAAAUAAAAUCGGGUAUUCAUGGCUUGAGCAACGUUGAAAAGUUGGAAAACAGUUAAUUUUUUAGCUGUUUUGAGAGGGCAAACAAUUUGCUGAAAGGUUGUCUGUUGAUUGCAUUAGAAUAGAGUUUACGAUUAGGAAAUAUGUAAAUGUCACAAUACUAAACAGUAUCGAAUUAUAAAUCAGAUGUUUUUCUCUGAGAGAACUGAUUUCGUUGCCAGUAUUUAUUGUGGAAAAAAAUCUAAAUGUUACAGAAACGAUAACUGAAAACACGAAUAGAUGUCCGAAGCUUAAAAAAUUUUCUGUACAAUUUUGCAACUUUGAUAGCUUUUUUCAUAAGAAUAUCAAAGAUUUUGUUAGUGAAUAAAAAUUUUACGAUACCUAGUUGCAAAAAAUCUCAUAUCAUAUUGAACAGAUGAUACCUUCGCUGAUAUUUGUUUUUCAAAUGGAACGCAUACAUAAGAUAAAAAUAUAUUACCUACCUAUCAUGCUUCUCAAAAGUAACCACAUAUUAUAAAUUAUUUAAACUUAUCCUCAAAAUUUCAAACUGAAUAAAGUAACAACAUCAUGAUUCAUUUUUGAGUCAUACUUGACAAUUUACAAUUUAAAAAAUAAUUGCCAAAAUCACUCAACAAUGAAUUAGUGAUAGUGAUAAUAUAAACACUUCAUAUUAAAAAACAAAAACAAAAGUGCUUUGGUCAUCGAGACAGUAAGAAAUGAUCGAUUUCCUGGAAAUCCGAUUCAACCUUUUCAAUCUCUCUUCCCAUCUUUAGAGUAUUCAGGAAACCUUGCUACACUCAAAGACAAUAACUGUAAACCUUUCAGAACAUCACAUUCCAUCUCGAAACAUUCCCGUUUUCACAGCAAUAAAUUCAUUCCCAAAAAGGACACUAAUUUGUCCACCAGUGCUCAACCAGGUUUCCCAAAUGUAAGUCUAAGAAAUCCCCACGUUUACAGUUGCAAAUUUUUUUCUCUCAAUCCUUGUGCAAAUUCCAUACAGAGAAUACUCAUCGCGCUACACAAUUCAUUUAACUUUACACAAAAACACCACACAAAAAGCCGAUAACGAAAACGAAUGACCUUAAAUAUAAAGUAAAGUUAAAAAUUAAAAUCCAUUGAUAAACGCCAUGUAGAUAAAACCACGGAAUAAACUGAGUAUUUUUUUUAAACUUACGAAUCGUCACAGCGACCCUUUGAAUAUUAGAAAGAAAGAACAAAAAAGGUUAUUUUAGACUAGUUAAGUUUUAUAAAAAAGUAUAUCAAUAUUGACUAUUGGAAGUAGUUUAGCCGGAAAAGUAAAAAAGCGGUAUGUAGUUAAUAUAUUUAAGAAGAUAUAAAAAAAAUCUGCUAGUCGAAACAAUUAAUUGUGAAUAGAAAAUGCAAUGUUCAAAGUUUUAUUUGAAUAACAAGCCCUGAAGACAUACAUAAACAUGUAAAACCGUAAUGCUAUUAAUUACACUCGAUUUAGAUUAAGUUGAUAUGCUCCUCCUCCCUGAAAAAAAAAAUCGUAUGACAGUUGAAGUAAAUAGAAACAACCUCUAGCAUCGGAACUUGAUAGGAAGCAAAAAUGCUACAGAGAAAAACCAAUAAAUAAUAUGCAUCAAUCUUCAAAAAAAAAAAAAAGAAAAUUCACACAAACCCAACUGCACCGAAAUAAUUGAAUAAAAAAACUUCAAAUAAACCUUUAAAAGAUAAAAGCACUGCCAAAAGCGGGAAAUUUCCCCUUCGUGGGAAUUAAAAUACAGAUGAAAAUCCCGACGACGAAGGCAUACCGAGAAAAAAAAACAACCAUGAAACCGAAUAACUUUAAUCUCACGAGAAAUUAAUACAACACACGUAAAGCGGCGUAAUAGUUACGACUACAGCAAAGAAGGUGCGAAAUAGACCAAUUACUAGAAGAAAAGAAAAUCAAUGAGAGAGAACUUAUUAACUGUGGCGCAAAGAGGCGAUACUCGAUUAAAAUAUAUAUGAACCACAAAUUAA